ACACCCCCAUCACCAACCCCGAUAGUUCACCUCACUGACCGCCUCUACUUGCCUCCAUACAGAGCACCUCCUAGAGGUGGCCAUGCACAAGAGCGUGCUGAAGCCCCUGCGCCAGACCAUCGAGGGCAGUCUGCGGGAGUUCCACACUGCCGAUGGAUCACUCCAGCAGAUCAGAGACAACACACAACUGGUGAGGCAGAAUGGACCACAGUGCCUGGGAGUGCGAGCUGGUGCCCUGGACACAGGGGCCAUCGAGAGGGUCAAACAGAAGUUUGUCAUGAUGCAGAAAGCGUAUUCUCCAGUGAAGAAAGUCAACUAUCUCCUUCAAGCCUGUAAACUCAUUUAUGAGAGAGUAAAAGGAGCAGGAGGUGAACCCUGUGGUGCUGAUGAGUUCCUCCCCAUGUUGUCCUAUGUCAUCGCGGAGUGUGACAUGCCGGAGCUCAUUAUGGAAGUGGAGUAUAUGAUGGAGUUACUGGACCAGUCAGAGCUGAUGGGAGAAGGUGGGUACUACCUCACCAGCCUGUACGCCAGCAUGGUUGAGCUCCAGAAUUUCCAUGUGGAUCAGGUUGUGGUUGGGAUCAGUAAUGAGAUCAGACAGUCGCUGAAGCAGUGGCACAAGAGAAGGAGGACCUAUGAACCAAUGCCCUCGGUCAACGACUUCCAGAACUUCCUGCGCGUGGCCUACCACGACCCGGACAACGGCUGCACCGCCAAGACAAUCGUGCUGAAGCCGGCGGAGACAACCGAGAAGCUGUGCCGUCUGUGUGCCGAGAAGUUCAAGGUCCAGGACCCCAGGGAGCACGGCCUGUUCCUGGUGGUGAACGACAGAUGGCGACAGCUGGCGCCUGACUCCCAGCCGCAGCAGAUCAAGGCCGAGCUGAAAGGCCAGGAUGACUCUGGCUACUACCAUUUCGUCUACAAGCCCACCGAGCAGGAAAGCCCCCCCACCAGGGGCGACCGCAGGCUCCUCCGGGACAACGCCAUCGACCUGGGGGGAGAGCCCCUGCCCGAGGAGGGGGAUCGGGCCUGACAAGGGGAGGUGUCUAGAGUGCAGCGAGGCCUACUGGCUUCCAUGGCAACGGCUGCUCCCUCCAGCCGAGGCCUACACAGCCUGGGGCUCCCCUGAAAACUUUUGCACCACCAAUUUGAGCUUGCGGUCUGGAUAUAGGCCUGAGAAAGAAUGACUUAGAGAAGCUGCUCUGAGUCAAGAAAGGUCCAGGUUAGGCUCUGGGCCUGUAGCAAUCGAAGUGACUCCCAAUAUUCAAUUCCAAAACUGGUCUUUAAACUGUCGGUGAUUUAAGCCAUGUCACUGUGUAUGUGUGUAACGUAUCUGCGUCCCAGAGAGGAAGGCUGAUAUCCUAUUUAAACUGUGUGAUAUGUACAAUGAGAUUUAUUAUAACGUGAGCUGGCCUCACUUAACCUCC